GAUGGCGAACUGCAGCUAGAAAACAGUUGUGGAAGAGAAAAUGUUUGGGGAUUUAUCCUCCUUACCUUAUUGAUGCAUUGCAACAAUCGAAAUCAAAAUUACAAUUUUUAGGAUAAUACUGCAAUACCUCAAGAUUACAUUCUGGAAAUUCUAUCUACCAAUAACGAUGAAGAACGAUCAAGCAUCUGUAACUAGACUCCUACAAACUUGGGAUAGAGGCUCAAAGAGCACCAGAGUGAAAAUGCUUCAGGAUUUUGUUUGUGAAAACACUUACAAAACUGGGCCUGAACUCGAACUGGAGUUUGCACAUGCAGCAAGUUUAUUUUUGACGAGACUAACAGCAUGGCUUAGACUUACAUAUAUGAUGGGAACCCAUGUUAAGAUACAGCUACAGGCAAUUGGCAUCUUCGUUGGAGCUUCUAGUGGCCACAAGUUCUUAGCAGAAUUCCUAGAAGUUGGUGGUGUUCUUACAGUCUUAGAAAUUUUGGGCUUAAAUCAAGCAAAGGAGGAAGACAAAGCUGAAGCCUUGAAGAUCUUGAUGCAUGUGGUUAAUGCUGGACGUCGAUACAAGGAGCUAGUUUGUGAAAGCUUUGGAAUUAGAGCAGUGGCAGAGUGUUUAGCAAAGUCAAACUCUGAGGAAACUCAAGACCUUGCCAGGAAUCUGCUUCAUCAGUUGUCAAAUGGCAAUCCUAAAUAUGAAAAUCAAGUAUACAAAGCAUUAAUAGCACUUCUCAAGUCUUCUUCACCAAAAGCACAGCAAAUGGCAGCCCAAACACUGAGAAUCAUCCAGCCUGUUAUUGGAACAGCAAGCCCAACCAUAGUUGAUCCAGUUUUAAUGCUAUUGAGAUCACUUCAUCUGGAAGUGCAAUAUGAAGCAUGCGAGUUGAUCAAGGACCUAAUGCAGUACAACAUCAGAAAUGCAAUUCUAAAGGGACUUGUGUCAUUAUUGAAACCAACAAAAGAUGAUGUACAAGAAAGUGCUGAAUCAGUUAUUGCUGAUCCAGAUUCGCCCCAACUUCAGCCCCCACUUCCAAUAUACGUUCAGCAGGCUGCUGCUGCAAAAAUGAUAUGUAUUUUAGCCAAGGAAUCUCCAGAAAUAGCCGAAAGCCUUGUUCAGUUACGAGCUGUACAUGGCAUUUUACUCGCAAUGGGAAACACUCUUUAUGCAGAAAGCCAAAGACAAGCGGGAAUUGCACUCGAGUUCUUUGUACGUUCUUUCCCUCUGGUAAAUGAUCGUGUCAAGGAGGCUUUGGGAGAUAAAUCCUACGAAGAAUUCAUGACUCAACCUGAUAAUAUGUUUGUGAAUAUGACAGCAAUACAAGCCGAUGUACUUGUAUCAAACAAAGUGAAUAUUCCUGGAGAUUCACCUUAUGGUUUGUUGGAGUGUCGAUGGAGAAGCUUGGUAAAAGUUGGUAUACUUGCGCAUUGUUCCUCAAACGGCCCAAGGCAAAGAGAUCUCUCCAACAAUACGGUUCAAGAAAGGACUUCCACAAGUUAUGGAGACACAAGAUUAGAAAAGCAGUGUCGUAACUUAAGUCGCGAUUAUAACAAGGAGCAACUUUCUUUGCAACACAGGUUGCAUGGAGCGUUGCAGCGUGUAACCUACAGCGCAAUUGGAAAUAAUGCUGCGAAACAAGUUGCUGAAAUGGUUGCAAAGAGUAUAAUUCCUUUCUAUUUUUGGUAACGAUUUCGUCUUCGCUGCACCGUGUAAACACUCUCGCAACUUGUGCCACAACGCUGUCGCGAUAGAAGAUGCUGAAAAAAAUUGAUCCAUGUUAUCGCGCCUUUGGUGUUUCCUGUGGACGAUUAUAAACUUACAGCUUCUAUAAAGCAGAUCUGGAAUUGGAUUAUUAGAGUUUAAAUGUUUAUCGUAACGCUUGUUUUAUCUGUGUGUUAUUUAUGUUAAAUAAAUAAGGCCAUUUUGAGUCUUUUUUUUUUCCAUUGUCGCGAGCCAAGAGGCGAGCAGUGAGACCACCAGCUGAGCGGUAACUUGUGUUUCAGCCAAUCAUAGCGCGUUUAGCUGUUUUGCCGCCGGUCCUCAUUCCCAUGCUACUGUAACCCAACUUUUGUGUAUUUUUUCUGUUUUCAAGGAGCAGAAAUAUGAAAAGGAAGAAUAAAAACGAAGUCACUUUACUGUCA